CUUUCUUUUCAAAAGGAUCUUGGAUUAACAUACAAACUAAGAAGAUGGUGUCUUUGAACAAGGUUCUGCUUGCUUGAGAGAACAAAUAGCAGGCUGUGAUGAACAUGCCACUGCAUCAAAUCUCUGUCAUUCCACGGGAUGUGAACUCAUCACAAGGCUCAAGUGGGAAACCCAAAGAAAAAGACAGAGAGAAGCAGAAUGAGAAGACAAUGGGGCAUUCUGCAAGUCGGUCAAGUAACAUCUCAAAGGCCGGAAGCCCGACUUCAGUUAAUGCUCCUUGCAGCUUCCCACGACCCUCGGUCACACCUUCAAACCAGGACAUUUGCAGUUGCAAAGCACCUGUUGCAAAACAGGGGGCACAGAAUCCUGUGCAGACAGCCGUUGUCUUGAAGAGUUCUAAUAGCAAUAGCUAUGUCGCUCAAGAGGUUGCCGUGACAACAGUGUACCAAGAAAAGAAGACUAAUUCAUUUGGACAUGAUUGUGUGCAUCUACUGAAGCCCUCCAUGAAUGUCAAGUCAUACGGAGCUCUGAAAUUUUCCAAAUCCCUCAACGAUGUAGGCCAGAAGAUGGAUGGCCUUUACAGUGGUUUAAACUUCAUUGAUAGGACGUGCUCAGAAGGGAAAUCAGCACCGGUCAAAGAGAACUGCUCAGGAAUAAAUCACUUGGAGACCAAUAACAUAACUCACAAUGGCAAACCUAAUCAUUACAACCUUCCUUUCUCUUAUCGUGUUCCAACGUUUUCCACCAACUACAAGUGUACUUCAGGGGUUGAAGAGGACCAUUGUACCCUCCACCUACCUCCUCACGAAGGGAGGCAGACAAACGAGCUACAGAAAGGCACACACCUCUUCCGCUUUCUCUUGUCCUUUUCUUGUUCAUCGACCACUGGGAGCCUUCACAAGCUGUCUGAACUGGAGAGCUAUGCCAUCCGCAUGCACAUCGCAACAUCCUCAAGCGCUUUGACAGGGGGCAACGAUUCGUACUGCACCGAUGACAUUGGAGAUGACGAAGUGUUUGAAGACGACAUCUGGUCGAACCUCAAAGCAGAUGAGCAGCGGGCCCCGCUCUGCUCACUGGAGGAGGAUUGCGAUCUUGACUGCUGUUCCUCUCCAGUGUCAAAGAAAAUGGUCUCACUGUCUCCGUAUUCAACUUCAGGGGAUGCGUGCAGGAUUUGUCACUGUGAAGGAGACGAGGAAAGCCAGCUGAUUACACCCUGCCACUGUACAGGGAGUCUUCGAUUCGUACACCAGGCCUGCCUGCAGCAGUGGAUCAAGAGCUCCGACACACGCUGCUGUGAACUGUGCAAGUACCAGUUCAUUAUGGAGACCAAACUAAAGCCCCUACAGAAAUGGGAGAAGCUCCAGAUGACAUCCAGCGAGAGACGGAAGAUAAUGUGCUCUGUGACAUUCCAUGUCAUCGCCAUUACCUGUGUGGUGUGGUCCCUGUAUGUUCUCAUUGACAGAACAGCAGAGGAGAUAAAACAAGGUCAGACAAGUGGUAUUUUGGAAUGGCCUUUUUGGACUAAACUGGUCGUUGUGGCAAUUGGUUUCACAGGAGGACUGGUGUUUAUGUACGUCCAGUGUAAAGUGUACGUCCAGUUAUGGAAGAGACUAAAGGCUUAUAAUAGAGUAAUAUAUGUGCAAAACCGCCCAGAGACUAGUAAAAAGAUUGUAUUUGAAAAACAUACACUAAUGGAGCCAAACUUUGAAAACAAAGAAGCCCUGGCACCACCUCAAUCGGACACAAACUCUUCUUAUACAGAGGAUUACAGCAUGGACAUUUUACAUGUUUGAUUUGUUCGGGGGUGUCCUCCUUCCCCCAAGGAACCACGCCGUCUUUUUCCAUGUGCAUUUUGUCCCUCACAAUCAUCUAGUAAACUAUGAAGGGGUUCUCUCUAUAGAAGUGUCAGCCCUGGGCUACUGCUACUACUGCCACUAACUGUUGACCUCUGAACUGAGUUUCCUUACUCCAGUGAAAUGAUUCGCGAAGCAUACAAGCACUUUUUUCAAUUUCCUUGUUUUUUAACUGCUUCGAAAGCUUGAAGAAAAAGUUCAGUUCCAAAGUAUCCAUUUUAUACCGUAACUUUUGUAAUUCAGCUAUACAGAUUAAGGAAGAUGUGAAGAGCAAAAUGAGGAGCAAUUCCAUAUAGAAAGUAUCAUUCCAUUUUUUUUAGACUUGCCUGAAGCAAAAUGUUGAAUCAGGUGCAAUCCAAGCUGUGAGCACUAUUAUUAGUCAGGAGGCCAAAAAUUGCUUGAAAAUGUGAACUAUGUACACUCCUUUUAUACAAAUUUUGAUGUUUAUAAUAUCUCCACUGCUACAGUAUCUUACAGCUCAAGUUUAAAACGUAUUUUCAGCACACUUCUUUUGAUUCCUUUCAUUAUCUCCGUUUAGCUUAUUCGAGAAGGGCAUCGAGACGGUGUAAAUGGGAGUUAUCAGCCAGUCUCAGACAGUCGCACAAUCAUAUUGUAAAAAAAAGAACAAAAUACAUAUACAAACGGUCCCAUACUCCUGAAAGAAUACUUUCAUAACAGAACAUUCCAGCCACUAUUGCCCGUUCAAAUUCACUGCUUCACAAAACAAAGCUGUAUGUCUUUACCAUCCAUUCAUUUUAAUAUUAGGCAGAGGGGUUCAGACUGUACUGGGAAUUUAAGAGCUGCAAUAACAUGUAUGUUAGCAGCAGGGUCUUUUUUUAUACAAUAUUUCAGCUACAAACUGCAGCCGAGUGUGAUCACAACGAUUUUUAUUUAAAGAGAGGAGAGGCUAAGCCCAAGAGCCUCACACAACCCAAUGUAAUGGCAUGAAAGAGAUUCUUAGGAUUUCUGUGAAAAGAAUUGGAGCCUCAACUUGCAUCUUUUUCUAAUGAGGUGCUUAAGAACAUCCAAAGGUUUCAGACAAUUGCUCCAGCUGCAGAUUAAAGUGCAAUUACCCUGUGUUGAUCAUAUACCCGAUCUGUUUGUAUUCAUUGUGUUUUGUGUAUACAGUAGAAUAGAGAUGUUUUUUGCAUUAGUGUUUAUUAAAAAAGUUGUAAAGGACACUUGGGAGGGGUUAGGACAGGUCUCUGAAUUUACCUACCUGUGCAAGACAUGGCUCAUGAAAAUGGAAUUUUUAAAAUACCACUUUCUUCUUUGUAAAAAAUUUGAUUGAUAUAAUGACUUGUUGGUACAUAUUUCGUGUAUCUCCCAUGAAUAAUAGUGGUUGUUUAUUUUAUUUUUUUUUAAAUAUAUUUAUUAACGUUCCCUUUAUGUAAGUGGCACAUUUCACAGUGAUUGUUAGGGUUUUUUUAAAUCCACAUCACACUGAAUAAUUCUCUUUAAAGUGUGGCAUCACAAAAAAAAAAAAUCAUAAUUGUAACUGCAUCUUCGUAAUACAGUGUUCUUGAAAUCCAAGAACAGAAAAACGGAAACAUUUAUUGUGAAUAUACGAAAACUUUUAACAAAACCACUUAAGACUUUAAAAAGAAAAAAAAUACACUUUACUGCUUUCUUAGUUGUUAUGUAUGAUUGUUGGUAAAAAAAAAUGUUGUAAUUGAAAUAGUUUUGUAUUCUUUUAUGUAUGUUUCUAUAUUUUUCUCAGUAUUAUAUCACUUCUAGCAGGUUGGCUCUUAGUUUCCUAAUGAAAUGUAAGUGAUUACAUUUGUGCUGUGGUUACACAGGGGUAUUGAUUGCAGGCAAUAAACAUUUAUAUUAAAAAAGGCUGCAGACUUUAUCAUUUAUAGUUUAUUGUACUGGUAUAAAGAACUUUUUACACAAUGUGGAUAAAUAUUAUUUAUGUCAUUUUCCAAAAUACUGUGAGGUGUGUUGAGGGAGGAGCAGCUGAC